GAUGGAAGUGGCAAGGCCAACAGUUUUGUCGUGCAACUUACUAGUGGGCAAGAGCAGGUGCACAAGAGGCGCCCAGGCUUCGUGGCCUUGAUUCACAGUGCCACUGUGUCGAACUGCGUUGUGCCCGCAUGGUGCUCUGCGCUUACGGCCCGAGCCAAGCCCAUCGAGAUGGCGCGCUUGCGUUGCACUGAUCGUCACUGCAAACAUCGGCCAGAAGAAGCUCAGAAAAGCUUGGAUGUGAAUGGUGGCCCCGAGCAG